GCGCCCCGACUGCCAGGCAACUGGGAGUGGGCCCGGCUCUCAGCCAUUGGUCGCGCGGCCCCUGAGGGCGGAGGGACGCCGCAGAGCGGGGCACAGCCAGGCGGGUGCCCACUCCCACUGAGCCUGCCGCCUGCCCGUGCGCUCUGAUCGCACCUCGCGUCCGCUCGCUGGCGGUGCAUUCCCUGGGACCGCCCGGCGGGCGCGCAGCUCCAAGGCAGGGCCGCCGCCCCACCCCAACGCCAGAGUCCAGAUCCGCAAGGUCAUUUGUUCCUUCCCGGGGAGUCGCCACGCAGACAUUGACGAUUGGCAUUGCUCUGUGCUGUAUUCGCUUGAGUCUUCUCACCUGUCUUCGGUGGCUGCAAAUCCGGAUAAGUUUUUCCCAGGCGGAGCUUUCUCCGGUCUCUGCGGACAGCUGAUCCCCGAUGCUGCCUUUGCUUAAGGACCAAGACGUUUCGCUGCGCUGUCCUCAAGGAAAAGCAAUGCCAAUGUCAUCGAUCCUGAGCCCAGUGUGAGACUUUCGAGUGCACCUACGCACACCUGCCUCCCCUGCCUGUAGAGAUGUCUGGGGCUGACCCUUCCUCUGCCUUUGCAGGGAGUGUGGAGAACGGAACCUUUCUGGAGCUGUUUCCCACGUCGCUGUCCACCUCGGUAGACCCGUCCUCGGGCCACCUGUCCAACGUCUACAUCUAUGUGUCCAUUUUCCUCAGCCUCCUCGCCUUCCUGCUCCUGCUGCUGAUCAUUGCCCUCCAGAGGCUGAAAAACAUCAUCUCCUCCAGUUCCUCCUACCCGGAGUACCCAAGUGAUGCUGGGAGCUCUUUCACCAAUUUAGAAGUCUGUAGCAUCUCCUCUCAGAGGUCCACGUUUUCAAACCUCUCGUCGUGAAGGAAAUGGAAGGACGGCAGGCCAAAUGAUCAUGGCUUUGGUUUCUCCAGGCAGAAGAAGCUGCUGCAUGAAAGAAACGAUCACUCUGGUAGCUGCGUUUCCCGCUUUCAUGGUUUAUUUCUCUUCUGCUCAGGAUGCGUUCUGUUUGUGAGAGGAGGAGCCAACGCUGACAGAAAUUUACACAAACAUUGAGGUGUGGGAUUCUGCCCAAAGCUCUUGGCCAGCCUGGAGGCUGGUCAGCUCUGUGUUGGACACUACAGACUCAGCUGAGUGGACUGCUGGGAAUGCUGGGUAGAGGCUCUUCCAAAUCCCUGAGACUGAGUCAGUAGAAACAGAACAAAACAAGACUAAUAUUUUCUGUUUUAAAAGAUAAGGCAGGGAUGGUAUAUAAGAGGCGAGAGAGAGAAAGAAAAACUUAGAUUUAUCACACAACGUUUCCAAAUGGAGGUUAAAAUCGGCUAGAUGUUUUUCUUUAACUUCACCUUAGCAAAUGUCACACAUGAUGAGAAGUCAUUUGGGAACAUUCUGGGGGAGUCGAAAGCUUCAAUGGCACAAGGACUGUGUGUCGUGAUGCAGCUUGCCCUGCUUUUUUUCUGUUCCUGGGUUUUCUCUUGGCUUGUUUUGCAGCCCUAAUGCUCUCCAGCUCUGGAACCCUUUGUGACAGUUGCUGCUGCUAUUACUAAACGAAGCACAGAAGUGGCACAAUUCAUUUUUAUUUCCUCACUACCUUUUCCAUCCAGUAGGAAUUAAACAUAGAGAAAUA